AUGAUGAAAGAAAACAAAACGAAAAUAGGAAUUCUCAUAGGUGGAUUCGUCAUCGCACUCCUCGGAUUGUUUCUUUUAUUCUUUUUUGAAAAAUUUAUUUUUUACGGUUUCGAACAGGAGUUACCGUUGAAACCGAGUUCGUUGUCUUUUAAAAAAUGGCAGAAGACGCCGAUACCGAUAAUGAUGAGCGUUUAUUUCUGGAACUGGACGAAUCCCGAGGGAAUAAACGAUCCGAAUUACAAACCGUCAUUCGUCGAAAUGGGACCAUACGUGUUUAGGGAAUCACACGAAAAAGUCGACGUGAAAUGGGGACAAGAUGGAAACGUGACGUACAGAACGAUCAAAAGAUGGCAAUUCGACGAGGGAAAAACAAAAGGAUCGCUCGAUGAUAAAGUGACGUCAUUAAACGCUGUCGCAGCCAGCAUCGCCUACAUAGUCCGAUCCUGGAGUAAAUUUUUCGUUUAUCCAGUUUCCGUAGCGCUGAGAACGUCGGGACAAGAAUUAACGUGGACGAAAACGGUGCGAGAAUUACUUUUCGACGGUUUUGAAAAUUCUUUGCAAAAUGCCGGAAGUUACGUUCCAGGAUUUCCGGAUCUUGAAAAAUUCGGAUGGUUUUACAAGAGAAACGGAACCGUUUCGUCGGAUACCUACACGAUAGGCACAGGUUUAACAGGUUUAGAAGAAUUGGGUAAAUUAAAAUUAUGGAACAAUAAAAGUUUGGAGAGUUUGUAUCCGGAGUGUUCGCAUUUGAAAGAGGGAGGAUACAGCGGAGAAUUUUGGCCUCCGAAUUUAACCAAAGAAAGCACAUUGAAAAUGUUCAGCACGGAUUUGUGCAGGACAAUGUAUUACUACUACGAAGAAGAUUACGUUUACAGAGGAUUGAAAACUUUAUUAUUUGGGGGUACGAAAAAAACGGUGGACAACGGUACGACCGUGGACGAAAACAAAUGUUACUGCGAUUUAGAAUUUUGCCCCCCAUCUGGAGUUUUGGACAUAUCAAAAUGUCAAUACGGUGCUCCCGUUUUCAUGUCCUUCCCACAUUUUUAUCAAGCCGAUCCGGAUUAUUUGACUUCCGUCGAGGGUAUGAAACCCGAUCGGGAUAAGCAUAGGUUUUACAUAGCCGUCGAACCGAGAACGGGUUUGCAAGUUGACGUUCGUGCGAGAAUGCAACUGAAUCUUUACUUGAAAAAAAAUUCUGCCAUAUCAAUGUACAGAAACGUCAAAGAUGUGUUCAUACCGGUAUUUUGGACGGAAAAUAGCGUCUCACUGAGCGACGAAUACACGAACGGAGUUAAAAUUAUGUUGAAAAUAGUCGAAUUCGGUCCUUUCGUUUAUUACGGACUUUUCAUUUUGGGUUGUUUGAUUAUCCUCGGAGUCAUACUGCUACACGUUUUCCAUUAUAAAAUUCCAAGAGAUGAAAAGAAAAGGUAUGAAAAAAUCAUUAUCGUUAUUAGGUAUUGCCAACUUAUCGUGGCGACCAAGAAACGUCACGAACGUAUGUCUCUUUUAAAUCAUAUGAAAUGUAUAUAA